CGCAUAUGGGGAUUAAAUGUCUUAAAUGCUAAGACGUAGAAGAAUAAAUCACUACUUAGUCUUUUGUUAGAACAAAUUUAAAAGAGAAAAGUUAAGAAUAAUAAAAAAACAAUAGAUAAAAAUUCUUAUAUGAUAAAUUGAAUAAAUCUUAAAAUUCAUAAUUUAGUCCAUCAAAAUAAUAAUAUGAAUGUGAAUGGUUUCCGAAUAUAUGUAUAAAUGCUAAGAAUGAAUUUAAUAUUGAGGGUUUUGAAGAAUCUUGGAUUUAAACUAAUUAAAAUUUUCUAACUUCAUAAAAUGAAUAAUAAAAACAUAGAAUUUCAUAGAAUUCAUCAGCUUAAACAACUCCUCAAUAGCCUUUUUUAUUACAUGUAUCUUAAUCAAUAAUAAGAGAUAAAAUCUCCUAAAAAUAUAAAAAUGAUUAAAAGCAUCGAAAUAGAACUAAAUCAGAAAACAUAAUAAAUAGAAGAGAGUGUGAAGAAAAAAAAAAAUACUGUAAAAAUAUAAAACAUGAAAUAAAAAGGGAAAAAAAGAGAAUACUACACCCUUCUAAAGAAAAACAAGUUACUCAAUUAAAAUUGUAAUAAAAGUAAUAAAAUCUUACAAUUUUAAUUAAUGGUCAUUGUGAAUUUAAGAGUUAGGCUUCACCAUCUUAAAUACAACAUCGAUCCAAAACAAUGAGUCCAACUCCAAAAAAAAAUCAAUUUUUAAUAAUUUGA